AUGAAGGUGAAGGACCUGAAAGUCAUCCAACAAGAACCGAAUCCUGAUCCCGAAAACACACGCUCACUUCUUAACAAAGUGCGCCUCUUUUUGCAAACAGCAGAGACCUCUAAUCCACCUACCAACUUUGAGUCCCCGGCCGAUGACGAAAAUCAAAUUGAACUGACGUUGUUCAUUCCAAAGGAGGAUGAAAUGAGCAACUCAAGUUUACUUCUGCCUAUUGACGACUCAUCAGAAGACAUCAGUGCCUCAUCGUCAAACACCUCUGACACUGAUGAUGCAACUAGCGAUGAAGAUUUGCAGCAGCUGAAGCUUCCUCAACCCACCAAGCGUCCAAAUAUUACGGAACUUAAACCUCCCAGUGAGCAAGAUAGCACUGAACUACGUUAG